GCCCAGGACCUAGCAGUUGUGUGCAGUCACAGCUGUCCUGGCAGCAAGCUUGCUAUGAGAAAUGAGGAUGCACUGACCGAUUGUAUAAACCACUUCCACAUCGUCCAUCUGUGAGUCGGUGAUGCUGUUCUUGGCCUCACCUUUCACAUCUCCAAGGAGAAAGCCUUCCUUUUUCGGGAGAGAACAAAAGGUCACGUUAACUGACAUCUAACAGGAGUUCGGUCUUAACUCAGAUGUUCCUGAUCAGAAUGCAGCUGUAAAAACCUCCUGAAGAAGGGAGAGGUGGAAGUUACAGUGUUCUUAGAAAUGAGGACACCUUGGGUAAACUAUUUGACAUAUUGACAAGUCCUCAUUUGACAGCACCUUAUUACCAGACACAUAUUCUUCUACCCUGUGUUAUAUCUGUGGGCCACCCUGCAGAUUGAGAAGGGGAUAAAAAUGCAGAAGGUGCUGGCGCUUGAAAAUUUAAUCGCCAACGGGAUCAUCCAGAGAGAGGAAACCUCCAUGGAAAAGGAGAUUGCUGGCCAGCACAGGGGAUACUUCAGCCUUGCAGAUAUUAUGUACUUUGCCAAGAAGGGGUGUGAGACAGUUGCAGAAGAUGAAGUCACACAGCGGUUCACCUCUGAGGAGCUGUUGUCCUGGAAUCUCCUCAGCAGAACCAAUGCCAACUUUCACCGUGUCAGCUGGCAACUGACCACUGUGUGGAUCAUUGGGAUCUUAAUCCGGUACUGUCUCCUGGUGCCCUUUCGCAUCUUCUUGGCUUUCUUCAGCAUCCUCUUGCUGGUCUCAGCAACUACGGUAGUAGGACAGUUUCCAAAUGGCAGGGUUAAAUGCUGGCUGAGUAACCAAGUUCAGCUGACAUGUGCUGCGUUAGGUGUCCGAUGUCUGAGUGGUCUUGUUCAAUUCCACAACAGGGAAAACAGACCGCGGAAAGGAGGCAUCUGUGUAGCCAACCACACAUCUCCACUAGAUGUUCUAAUCCUGGCUAGUGAUGGAUGCUACUCCUUGGUUGGCCAGGUACACGGAGGGCUUCUGGGACUUAUUCAGAAAUCUUGUAUGCAAACCAGUCAGCAUGUUUUGUUUGAACGUUCAGAAAUGAAAGAUCGACAUCUGGUGAGAAAAAGAAUCAGAGAACACAUUGCAGACAAGGCCAAAUUACCCAUUCUAAUUUUUCCAGAAGGUACCUGCAUAAACAACACAUCAGUUAUGAUGUUUAAGAAGGGAAGCUUUGAAGUAGGAGGGAUCAUCCAUCCGGUAGCUAUCAAGUAUGACCCUCGAUUUGGAGAUGCGUUCUGGAACAGCACCAAGUAUUCCAUGAUGACCUAUGGUUUUAAUGUGUUGACCAGCUGGGCUAUUGUCUGCAAUGUGUGGUACCUGCCACCGAUGGUCAAAGAGGAAGAAGAAGAUGCUGUUCACUUUGCCAACAGAGUCAAGGCUGUCAUUGCUGCUCGGGGAGGAAUGUCUGUACUCCCAUGGGAUGGAGGACUGAAAAGAAAAAAAGUCAAAGAGUCUUUCAAGGAAGAGCAACAGAAAAAAUAUUGCCAGCUAGUGACAGAAAAUGGGUUUGUGGGAAAUGGAAAUGUUUACUAAAUGUUAUUUAUUUUA